CCAAGCUAGCACGGAAGCUGAGGGGGCAGAGGAAGGUGCUCCAGGAGGGCUCUAAGGAAAAGGUGAUGGAGAUGAUUCCUGAAGGAAGGGCAGAAAGAUCUCCCAGGUAAAGGAGUGCACAUGAGUCAAGGUCCAGAGGCUAAGAAAUCAAGGAACCGUCGUUCCUAGGAACUGCAGGUAACUGAUGGGAACUGGCAGUGGGCAGCGAGGUGAUGAGGGAGGUCCUUUAUCUUUCUGGGAUGGUAAGUUUGGGGCAAAAGAGACCAAAGGCUAGGGCUAGAUCGACAGGCUGGUAGCAGGCAUGGGGUGGCAGGUUUCCCGUGAGAAACGGCUGAGAGGAGGACAAGGCUUUGGGCAUUCAGAGUCAGCUUGGUCACCUACCGUCCUACUUUCUCUGACGUCCCUCCCCACCUGCAAGACACAACUUGAGAUUGCAGGGGCAGAGCGGGAGGGAUGGUGGAUCCCCAAAGGAGAUGAAAUACUUGAGAAGGGGACGCUUGCCCCCGGGGACUGAUUUGGGUCACAGGUAGAGACUCCUGAACAACCAAAGGGAAGAGGUAUGGGAGAUGCCACAGCCUCAGGCCUCUGUCUCCUCCCUCAGACUGUGAGGCUCCCCAGCCGGAUCCAGGACCCUGAGAUCCGAGGCCAGACACCGCCGGUGGAUCGGAUCCCCGGCCCUGCCCUACCGUAGGACACUGCGGAUCUCUAAGCCCCACCCCACAUCCCCGCCUCUACUGAUAUGGGGAGGGGGCGAGCAGACCUCCCGCGCUUUCUGCGGGGGAGGGGCAUGAGGAGGCGCGAGAGGAGAGCUGACGUCGCCAUGGCAACUUGGCCGGUGGUCAGCCUCGGAGACACCGGGAUAAGAAGGGAAAAAGCGAGGGAGGGAGGCGCCGAGGGCUCCGCGGGGGUGGCGCGGACCUGGGUCUCCCGGGAGGAGUUGGGGAAGACCCGGUAAUCUCUCUGCGGGUUCCUGGUGGCGCAGGGUGCCCGCGUGUUUGCAAAUGCGUGUAUACGAAGUUCUCCGCAUAAGUGUGCCAGCUUGUGUCUGGGUUUGUGUAUGUGUGUGAACGUGCACACGUGGGCACAGGGUGCGCGUGCAGGAGUGCCCGGGCACACGAGUGUGUACCUACGCGCGUGUGCGCGCGCGCGGGCACUCGUGUCGGCGUGUGCGCUCGCGUGCGCUCCCGAGCGUGCCCAGGCGGGCGCCGGGUGUGAGCGGGAGAGUCCCACCCCCCUUCCCGCCCCCCCGUCCCCCCCCCACCUCGCCGCCUGCGCCGGCGGCAUCGGCGCCUCCACCUCGCUCACCCUCCUCCCCGCACUUUCUCUGCGCUCCCUGCUCUCGGUCGCACAGCCGGACUCGCGCUCUUCUCGCCGGCAGCCCUGGGAAUCGCCGGCCGCCACCGCCCAACCUGUACCCGCCGGCCCCUACCCCGUGCCUGGGCACCUGUUGGAGACAGAGACAGCCAGGGGUGCUUCAUGAGGGGCCGCAGGGGCGACCGCAUGACCAUCAACAUCCAGGAGCACAUGGCCAUCAACGUGUGCCCUGGGCCCAUCCGGCCCAUCCGCCAGAUCUCUGACUACUUCCCCCGCCGGGGACCAGGACCUGAAGGGGGUGGCGGGGGCUUCGGGGAGGCCCCUGCUCAUCUGGCUCCGUUGGCUCUGGCCCCCCCUGUGGCCCUCCUUGGGGCCACCACGCCUGAGGAUGGAGCUGAACUGGACAGCUAUGACUCAGAUGAUACCACUGCCCUGGGCAUGCUGGAGUUUGACCUUCUAUACGACCAGGCCUCCUGCACUCUGCACUGUAGCAUCCUCAGGGCCAAGGGCCUCAAGCCCAUGGAUUUUAAUGGGCUCGCAGAUCCCUACGUCAAGCUGCACUUGCUGCCUGGAGCCUGCAAGGCCAAUAAGCUAAAAACGAAGACUCAGAGGAACACACUGAAUCCUGUGUGGAAUGAAGACCUGAUGUACAGUGGAAUCACGGAUGAUGACAUCACUCACAAGGUGCUCAGGAUCACUGUCUGUGAUGAGGACAAGCUGAGCCACAAUGAGUUUAUUGGGGAGAUCCGAGUACCCCUCCGCCGCCUCAAGCCUUCACAGAAGAAGCAUUUUAACAUCUGCCUUGAGCGCCAGGUCCCGCUGGCUUCCCCCUCUUCUAUGUCAGCAGCGUUGAGGGGCAUUUCCUGUUACCUGAAGGAGCUGGAACAGGCAGAGCAGGGGCCUGGCCUGCUAGAAGAACGUGGCCGCAUUCUGCUGAGCCUCAGCUACAGCUCUCGGCACCGGGGGCUGCUCGUGGGCAUUGUCCGCUGUGCCCACCUGGCUGCCAUGGAUGUCAAUGGCUACUCCGACCCCUAUGUUAAGACGUACUUGAGACCGGAUGUGGAUAAGAAAUCCAAGCAUAAGACGUGUGUGAAGAAGAAGACCCUAAAUCCAGAAUUUAAUGAGGAGUUCUUCUACGAGAUGGAGCUCACCACUCUGGCCACCAAGACUCUGGAAGUCACAGUCUGGGACUACGACAUUGGCAAAUCCAAUGACUUUAUCGGUGGCGUGUCCCUGGGGCCAGGAGCCCGUGGCGAGGCCCGAAAGCACUGGAGUGACUGCCUGCAGCAGCCAGAUACAGCCCUGGAGCGCUGGCACACUCUGACCAGCGAGCUGCCCCCAGCAGCUGGGGCUCUGCCUUCUGCCUGAAUGGACCACAGCUGCCCAGUGGGCCCUUCUGGCUGGGUCCAGUACCCAACCUUUGCACGAGUGUGUUGCACGUUUACACGGGGUGGGAUGCCCCUGCCCCGCACUACUUGUCUUAUUUUUUGUGAGAGUCUCUGUGACCGUGGGUCUGUCUUCUUGUGAGGGACUGUGGAGAUCUAUGUUCUCAUAUGCACACUUCCUCCUGCCUGACUUGCUAAUACCUGCAAAUAUGCAAACCACCCUUGCUCUCCACAUCUGUGGGGGUGCUGUCAGAGCCUCUGUUCCAAGGCCCCCAACCCCUAUGGCUCCUUUCUCCUGCCUCUCCAUGCUGCCCGUCCCCUCCCUUUACAGGGAAGAGGGCGGAUUAGGGGAGGUUCAAAGGAAGAUGUUUCCAAAACAGAAAAGGACAAAACCCCCCCAGAGACACUUCUUUAAUACAGAAUCUUCAUUUAAAAAACAAAACAAAACCUAGCCCUGUACAGCUGCCCUUUUAAAGGGGUGGCCACUUUGGGGUCUCUGCCUCCCCAAGAGGUGGCAGAUGCUCCUGGCCACUCAUCUAAAUAACUGUCCCCUGGUUGGGGCUGGGAUGCGAAGGCAGGGCCCUUGCCACCCUCCUGGGGGACAUUCGUGCAUGUUUACGCCUUUUCUGAUCAUGUCAGUGGCCGAAGCAUGGCAACUGGGCGCCAAUAAACUUCUCUGAGGAAA